AUGCAGCAGCCGCAGCCGGAAGCGUCUAGAAAACAGCUGAUUCACACCUCCAUGACGCCGCCGUCGGGAGGCGGCGGCUAUGGAUAUCAUCGAUUUACCGCCGGCGAUCGUCAGCGCCGUGAUCUGGAUCAGGAAUUCAAGGAAGCCGUCGUCGUCAGGACACCGCCUCCAUCCAAGAGGAAGAGUGGAAUGCUCGAGUGUGAGACUGGACUUGCUGAUCAAAUUGUUGGUCCCUUCCGGACACCUGUCUCGGGAAAGACGGGAAAAGCCCAACCCAGAACAAGUAGGGCAAAUAGAGUGGGUCCUCAGACUCCCUCAGGAAACAUUGGUUCCCCUGCUAGCAAUGUUCUCACUCCAAAUGGUACCUGUCGCUAUGAUAGCUCUUUAAGUCUCCUAACAAAGAAAUUCACCAAUCUGAUAAAACAUGCAGAAGAUGGUAUUAUUGAUUUGAAUAAUGCUGCAGACAUAUUGGAGGUCCAAAAGAGGCGUAUAUAUGAUAUAACUAAUGUUCUUGAAGGCAUUGGUCUGAUAGAAAAGACACUCAAAAACAGAAUCCAGUGGAAGGGUGCGGAUGUCUCCAGACCAGCACAAGCCCAGGACAACAUCUCUGGUUUGAGGAAAGAAAUACAAAACCUGAAGAUGGAGGAACAGGGAUUAGACGAACGAAUUAGAGAAAUGCAAGAAAAAUUGACAGACCUCAGUGAAGAUGAAAAUAAUCAAAGGUGGCUUUUUGUUACUGAAGAAGAUAUCAAGAACUUACCUUGCUUCCAGAAUCAAACUCUGAUAGCAAUUAAAGCUCCACAUGGCACUACUUUAGAAGUUCCUGAUCCAGACGAGACUGUAGAUUAUUCACAGAGGAGAUACAGAAUAAUACUUCGAAGCACCAUGGGACCCAUAGAUGUUUAUCUCGUCAGCCGAUUUGAAGAAAAUUUCGAGGAGAUGAAAACGGUUGAGGCACAACCAAGAAUUUUCCAAACAUCGAGUUUGAAUACGGAAUCUCACGCACGUGCACCAACGGACGAGAUUACCGGACACGAAAUUGAUUGCCCGGGGUCGAAAGCUCACGAGGUGUGCCCGGGCACAAGUACAUCACAAGAUUUUGUGGGUAGGAUGGUGAGGAUAUUACCGGAUGGUGAUACAGACGCUGAUUAUUGGCUGCUGUCGGAUGCUGAUGUCAGCAUCACCGACAUGUGGGGAGCGCAAUCUGGAUUCGACUGGGAUACUUUGAACACACUACCCGAAGACAAUGCCAUCACUAACCUCAGCCCACCACCGGUUCAAACUACACCGAAAGCUAACUGCAGGGCAAGACAAUUUCUUGCUUGCAAGACUACAGAGAAUAUGCAAAGUGAAUUGGUUAGAAAAAUGCUUUGA